AUGGUGCCAGACUCACCUGUACAGACAAUGACUCUAAACUUUAUGUACACCGUAAAGAACAUGCCACCAUUCUGGGGCAGUAUUGUAAUAAUGCUUAUAUACUCUGUGUCGCUGGUGUUCUGCUUCCCCGGCACACCCAUCAACCUGGCCGCCGGCUUCCUGUUUGGCGUCUAUCUCGGAUCAUUUGCCACCGUAGUCGGUUGCGACCUUGGUGCCGUGCUUGCCUUCUUCAUUGGACGUUCACUGACGCGAGAGUGGGCCGAGAAACAAAUCAAGUCAAACAAACGAUACAGUCAGAUUGAUACAGCAGUAGCCAAGAAUGGUCUACUAAUCAUCUUCCUCUUACGUCUAUCUCCAGUCAUACCUUUUGGUAUCUGUAACUAUAUAUUUGGAGCGACAAAGGUUAAGUUUAGCAAGUAUUGGCUGGCGACAACAGCUGGCCUUAUUCCAUGUACAGUGGCAUACACAUAUCUGGGCAGUUUGAUGAGGAACUUGACAGAGAUCUACUCGGAUGAUUCGGGCGAGAAGCAAGAACAGCUGAUAUUUAUCUCAGUGGCAACUAUAUUCACAGUGGUCAUCAUUCUGGUCAUCACCAUUGUCACCAAACGCACAUUGAACAGAGCCAUGCUGGAGGAGAACAGCACCGUGGAGAUGGACGAUAUGAUCGACCUGGACCUGGAGAAGGCACUGCCUCUCAUCCUAGAGGAGGAUCACGAUGGCGACAGCAGUAGUAGCAGCAAUAGUAGUUUGGAUAAUUCACCUAAGCGAUCACUUGUUGACGCCACUGGACUGGGUAUCAACGAUGCUGCAGAGUACAUCAUUGUCGACAACUCAAGAGUCGAGCGUGAAUACACCUUUGAGAGUACGAAUAAACGAUUGGAUUGA